AUGUCUUCCGGUGGCAAGUCUGGUGGCAAGAGCGGCGCGUCCGACUCCAAGGCCCAGUCGCGCUCGGCCAAGGCCGGCCUGCAGUUCCCCGUCGGCCGCAUCCACCGUCACCUGCGCAAGGGCAACUACGCCCAGCGUGUCGGCGCCGGCGCCCCGGUGUACCUCGCGGCCGUGCUCGAGUACCUGGCGGCCGAGAUCCUCGAGCUCGCCGGCAACGCCGCGCGCGACAACAAGAAGAGCCGCAUCAUUCCGCGCCACCUGCAGCUCGCCAUCCGCAACGACGAGGAGCUCAACAAGCUCCUCGGCGGCGUCACGAUCUCGCAGGGCGGUGUGCUCCCGCACAUCCAGAGCGAGCUGCUGCCCGCCAAGAGCGGCAAGGGCAAGAAGGCCGCUGCCUCGCAGGACUAA